ACUAUGUGACGCUGGAUUCUUUUACACCGGUCACAGUUACGACCUCGUGCGGUGUUUCUGCUGUGGAGUUGGCCUGAAAGACUUCUCUGACACGGACAAUCCGCUGUUGGAACACACAAAACAUUCCGAAAAGUGUCCGUUCCUGCUGGACCACUUUGGAAGUCUAGAAGCCUUAGAAAAAUAUAAACAAAUAUUCGUAACGCAGGAUCCUGAAGAGAUCAGGCGAAGGCAGCGUGCCCUGUUUCAAAGGCAACAAGGUCGGCAAGUCUCAAACUACAGAGCAAAGCACGAGGGGUUCCGAACGCUUAAAUCUCGCAUGGAUACUUUUACAAAUUGGCCUCAACAUUUGUCCCAGAGACCAGAACAGCUGGCCGAGGCAGGGAUGUACUACACAGGUGUUGAUGAUCAUUGUCGCUGCUUCGCGUGUGACGGCGGCUUGAGAAAAUGGGAACCAGGAGAUGAUCCUUGGAUAGAACACUGUCGGUGGUUCCCGGCGUGUCUUUAUGCAAGAGAAAUCAAGGGCGACGAGUUUAUCAACCUCGUCCAACUUUCUGCCGAUCAGGCCUUAGAAGAAAAUGGAUCAAUUCUUCAAGACGAACCGAGUGGUGCUAUGGCUGCUUUAAAAAUCGACGAUGCGAAAAUUGAAAUACUAGCGGAAAAAAAUAGAGAACUUCUAGUUCAGGACAUGGGGUUUUCUAUUGAAGAUGUAAAAACUGCCCUUUUUGAACUUGCCCAUCAAGGCAUUACUCACCCAGAUGUUGAUGAUAUAAUAAUUCGGCUGGAGGUUAUGAAUGAGAGAAGACAGCUAGAAAAAAACUUAAAGGAAACACACGUACCACCAGAUCCGGGAGGUACAUUUCCAACAGAACGAUUACUGGAAGAAAACCAACGAUUAAAGAGUAUGCUAAUGUGCCAUUUGUGCCACAACAACCCAGUGAACGCAUUGUUUCUACCCUGCACCCAUCACAAGUAUUGUUUGGACUGCACAGAACACAGCGACAGAUGUCCAGACUGUAACAGAACAAUUAAGGAAAGGGUUCGCACAUAUAUGAUAUGAACUGUGUUCUGUCAUUAUGAUAUCUCGAUAUAUAAUGAGAGCUUUUAAGGCUUCAAAAAAACUAAGCUUUUUAAAUAUUUAAUCAAUAUAUUUUGAACUUUUGUAUAUUUAUUUAUUUGUAAGAACACUGUGUGUAACGUGAUCUUAAUAUUACGUGAGUCUUAAUUACACAUUUACAAGCGCUGUCACUGUAAGAGCCGAAUACCCACCCAAAAUAUUUCUUUCCCCAAAAUAUUAUCAUGACCGUCAAGUUUGGGACAACAGGCACGUUUUAUUAUUUAUUUUUUUUAAUGCGUGUGCAUGAUUGUUUAUGAAUUAUUAUUAAAAAAUAUGUAUUGACAGCUAAAGCUUUUGCACAAUUUAUUUUUACCUAAACAAUUCUAAAAAUAUUCAUAACGAUAAGUUUUUGGAUCUUAUAUUCUCUCAAGGUCUGUCAUCUAUGUAUACAGUGUUUUGUAAAUAUCUUCAAUACUAAGUGAGUUAUUCUCUGCACAUGAACUGUUGACUGAAAGGCAAUAAAUUCAGAAGAAAGA